CUGCACACACCCUGAUCGCAUAUCAGCAAGCAAUCAUCGAAAUCAUGACCGUCAUGUUUUAGAAGUGAAAAUCAAAACAUUGAUAGCCAUUCGUGGCACAAUAUUCUCAAAAUUUACUUUUUUCCCAUUUGCAGUGUGAAGAAGUGUAGAAAAACAUGCAGAGUCUAGGCUAAAUUGAAGCAUACAGCCGGUGGUGUUUCAUGUUUAUCUGUCGGAAGUUUAGCGAGAUCGAUAAAAUGCUGGGAAGAUUAUCUGAAGUCCUGCAGAAUGCGGCCGAUGUGAUUGCACCUCCGCCGACUCCACUCCAGGAUUUCGAUUAUCACUACAAGUUGGUAAAAAACUUCUACAUUGCCGACAAAACGUUGCCGAAAAUUCAUAUCAAUGAUACCAACAUCCCGGUGCAUCUAGAACAGAUGCUGCAAAUACUAAUACAGGAAGAGCAACGACUUGAGGCACGAGCAGCAAAGGAUAAGCGAAUCGAGCAGUCAUCCAAACCAGUGGAAGAACAAACAUCAGCUAUUGCAGUCGAUGUGGAACCGGAAGCACCAUGCAUGGAUUUCGUGCUGAAUAAUCGACCUUUAGAUGUUCUCGUUGAGUUAGCUGUUAACGACACUCCGCCUGGGGCACGGCUUAUAAUUCUUAACUGGGUACGGCGUCUAUUGUCUUGCAUGAAAACACCACCCUUGGGGCAUGCAAGCAUCUUUCAACCAGUUCAGAAGUUAGUCGAACUAUGCAACGGUACAGUUGCUUCGCCGUACGAAAGGGAGGAAAUUCUUUUCUUGGAAACUGUAGCCGGACUUGUUCGAAAGGAUUCCAUAUUAGUAAACCUAUUCCUCAAAUCUCAUCAUCAUUCCGCACAAAUGUUAUCCAGCUGGAAGGGUGUUUCGGUUUCGAAGCCACCGGUUAAUAACCCUCUAUUCCAGAGCACAAAAUUCGAGUACGCCUCUCGGCGAAUCUCGCUAAUCAAGGAAGAUCAAAGCGUCGACAAUGACGGUAACGAUGAGCACCCUGAUGCUUUGAUUGUUCCGAGUGAGGUUCCUUUCGAACAUCGAUGUGACUGUGAUGAAGAAGAACAUUUCGUGCUGUUUGAUGCCAUCGUCAGUUAUCUGGAUAGCGCAGACAGUACAAUAAUUGUUCGAUCAAGCGAAGGUAUUCUAAUACUGGGUUCACUUCCCACGUUAAAUACAUCCUGCAAAGCUAUUCAAAACAGCAUUGGUCGAUUCUGCACGAUGAUGGCUGAUAGAGUUGCUAGUCACUGUCAGCAGAUACCGGAAGAUAUGGAUACGGGUGAUAUCGAAGAUGCAAUAGUGUCCUGGGGAUUGUUUCCGAAGGAUUGUGAGCAACCGCAUUUCAUUGGUCGCUACCAGUUGACAUCAUUCCUCUGCUGGUUGGAUUACGCUGACUGCUUGAUGAAAGAGUGCCCAGUUCUGGCGAAGGAAUUAGGAGAGUUGAUUAGGACUCAACUGUUGAUCAACUACAUCGAACCCGGAUUGAUGGGUGUGUACGCACCGUUUAUGUUGGUGUUAUCAGCAAAGAUCAUAAAAAAGACUCAAUCGAGGGCAUUGUUGGAUGAAAUUGCAAAUUGGCUAAUUGGUGAGGGAGAUAUCGCAGAUAUUAACGGGGCAGAUUGCCUGCUAACAAUCUUAAUUGAAAACGCUCACGAAAACUCCGACAUUCUAUUACAAACGUUGCAAUUCAUUGAAUCGCUGUUGGACAACCCGCACGAGAAAAUUCUACAUGGCAUGAUUUUCUUAUACAUCAACAGCCGGGGAUAUUUUGAUGUGAGUGCUUCAACGAUUCAGUCCUGGUCAGAUGAAGAAGAUAACCGUGAAAGACGAAGAGGAAGCGCCGAUAAUCCAAUGAGGUCACGAACUCUGGCGCCACAUAACAUACUUAAGGUGAUCAAUCAUUUUCUUCUGCUGUUGCCCCGGCACAUUAUAAACGAUGCCGCCGGGAUCUGCUACGAGGAAUACAUGCAGGACGCUAGUCGGCACUAUCAGACGUGGAUCAAUAGGACGCGUGGUUUCAACUGGCCCGUGGAAGCCAUAUUGCCGGAGACUCCUAGCGGAUCGCCGGCAAAGGAUGGCUCAACAUUGAAUAGCCUCCCAGCACCCGGUACCAAGUUUAAACCCAAGAGCAAAGCUGAACUCAGUGAAGUGCAGUGCGGCGAUAGUGGCAUUUCCGAAGAAAGCUUUUACGAAGGCCCGCUACUGAAACUGCUUUUCUCUCACGUUAAGCAUAUGAGCAACCAAGCUUAUGAGUUAAAUUUAGCCGUGAUAGCCAUCCUAUCCAAGUUGGCUCUUUUUCCGCAUCCAUACUUACACGAGAUACUGCUGAGUCCAGAAAUUCCGGUAGCCCCGGGGGCUACAACAUUAUGGUCUGUGAUGCAAUUUCUAGCGCGUCAACUUUUGACCGAGAUACCUCGCGUAGAAAAUUUCCAGGAAAAGAUAGUGGAAACCGGAAAAAGGUUGCUAUCAAAUCCGCCAAUUUGUGCGCACCAUGCCGCGGCAGAGGAGGAAAACGAAGAUGACGAAAUCAAUGACCCACUGUUCGAGUCGAUUGUUGUGUUGGAAGAAUUCUGCAAAGAGCUAGCGGCGAUUGCGUUCGUAAAGUAUCAUCAUGCUACCGAAUGAGCGGAAGCAGUGUAAAUGUUGAGGAUCUGAUACGUGAAGCCUGAUGAAUUGUGCAUUGUGAAAAGUAUUCUAGUGAAAUUUUAUUGUGUAUAAUUUUAACCUUGACUUUAAUCGUGUUACCCGACUGGCAGUAUCGGAUAAGUCUUACCGCAGCAAACAGUUUAGCAACUAAGCUUUAGGCAAGUUAAGCAAGUAAGUGCAUUCGCAUUGGAUAAUUUGUUUCAUAUGAUGUACCUACGAAGGCGAUAAAAAUACAAACUUACUCUAGUCCAA